UGGUUGCGGUCCACUUCCGACUCACUCGUCGGGAGUUCGCAGCUCGCGAAGCGACGUCGUCCGCGUUCGGGUGCGAGUGAACUUUUUCUCGGCGAGCGUCCGGAGGAUCCUCCCCCUCCUCGGCGGGGAGGGCCCGGCCGCAGCCGUCCCGCCCUCCCCAUCCCCGACCGUCGGCUUCCUCCUCGGCCAUUGUUGGCCUCCGCGUGCUGGAAGUCGCUCGGGGCCGCUCGUGGCGUGCUGGCGGCCGGCGCUCGCUCGCUCGCUCGCCCGCCAUGACGGGCUCCGCUCCCAAACUGGGAGUCGCGCUGCUGCUGGCCGUCCUGCUGCAGGCCGUCCUCGUCGCCGUCACCGUGCUGCACUUCAGCGCCUCGCUGCACGCCAUGAAGGAGACGUUCGCCAGGAGCAGCGUGUCGUGCCUGAAAGGUUGGGACGGGCGGGACGCCUCGCCGGCGCCGGGCGAUCCCUGCUGGCAGGUCACGGAGCAGCUCCGGCAACUCAUCGAGAAGUCGUUGUCGCAGCGCUACCAGAAGCGGAUCUCGUCGGCGGUGAGAGACGAAGUUUCUCGGGUCCUGCCCUCGCUGGUGCCGGAGGACGGCCCGCCGCCCCGGCCCAAAGUCGCCGCUCACGUCACCGGAAGCUUCGCGCCCAAGCUGCAGGGAGGAGCGCCAGCCGCAGCAACGGCGGCCGCCCGCCGCGUUCACGGCCAGAAGAUUUCGUGCUGGGAAGGCGAGAAGGGUCUGGCCUUCCUGCAGGACGUCCAGCUGGUGGACGGCGAGCUGGUGGUCCCGCGGCCGGGCCUGUACUACGUCUACGCCCAGACCUACUUCAGGCACACCCACGCCCUGGACCAGGACGCCCCGGAGGACGAGGACAGGGGGCGGCCUCUGCUCCAGUACAUCUACAAGAAGGUGAGCACCUACCCAGUUCCCAUCUUGCUGAUGAAAACCAGCCGGACCUCCUGUUGGUCCCGGGACUCCCAAUUCUCGCUGCACUCGGCCCACCAGGGGGGGCUCUUCCCCCUCAGCGCCGGGGACCGGCUCUUCGUCACGGUGACCAACGCGUCCGCCGUGGACAUGGACGAGAGGAGCAGCUUCUUCGGGGCCUUUCUCGUCAGCUAGGGGGGGGGGGCGCUGUGGCCCCCCCUUUGAGACCACCUGUCAAUCGGAACUUGUUGGGACGACAAAAUUGGAGGAUGUUGGGAACGAAGCGAGGUGUUGAUGGACGAUCAAGACUCACAAGUUUUUUAGUUUUAGGUUGCGUGGGCGUGGGACUGGGGGGGAGGGGGAGGGGGGGUUCCCUCCCCAUCUCAGCCACUAGGACGCCCCCCCACAGCAAAAGACAAAAACGAUAACCGGAACGUUGACCUCGCAGGGAGGACGGAGUGUACUGGUACACGGAAACUUCAAGGCUAUCGACUACGAGCUCCAACACGUUCCCAGAAUACGACAUUUCGAGUCCAAUUCACGGGUCGGCUCGGCGCUGCCGACGUUAAUUUUUCAGCAAAUUAUUAUCAUCGCAGCUUAAACAAGGCAGCGUUUUCAUACAUACCCCGAGAACAAUUUGCCUGCUUUGUACAAAGAGUUUCACGUCAUCCGGCCGAGGCCGUUCCCGAAAAAUUGGUCUCCAGCGUUGGAUUUGUUGCUCGCUCACGUCUGUAAAAUGUCAGCAAUUUGGGCCUCCGCUCGCGUGUUUUUGUUUCCGCGUAUCCGCUCAGCGCACGACUCGCACCGAGCGCUUGUGUUUUAAAUCCUAUCAGCUGCGACAAACGCCCCACAGUCGUGAAUGCAGCGGCACUGACGUACAUUUCAUUGUUUUUGAAAAGUUUCUUUUAGAUGGAAGAUUGCUGCUGACGCUCGGGUCCAGUUCGGGAGUAAAAAAAAAAAAAAAAAAACAGGCGCAAUUUUGCAGUUUAGUUUGGAACUCAACCUCCUCCGAGGGCGUCGCCUUUGUUGCGGGCGGCGUGGGUUUGAUUCCCGCUCAGUGACGAUGUCGAUAUCUGUUCCGCGACUGACUGGCGAACAGUUCAGGGUGUGCUCCGCCUUUCGCCCGAAGCUCGCUGGGAUAAGCUCCGGAUUUCCUGCAACUUUUGUGAGGAUAAGAAGCUUGGAAAAUGACUUGGCCUCCAGUCGCUGGAGAAAAAGUCAACUAUUUGCUGCAUCCAUCAAUUUUCUUUGCCGCUUAUCCUCACGAGGGUCGCAGGGAGCCUAUCCCAGCUGUCAAGAGCGAGGGAGGUGAGGUACACCCCGAACUGGUCGCCAGGCAAUCGCAGGGCAGAUCGAGACAAACGGCCGCACUCACAAUCACACCUUGGGGCAAUUUAGUGUGUCCAAAUACUGUUGCGUGUUUUUGGGAUGUUGGAGGAAACCGGGCUCCCCGGAGAAAACCCACACAGGCACGGGGACAACAUGCAAACGCCACACAGGCAGGGCUGGGAACGAACCCGGGUCCUCAGAACUGUGAGGCCAACGCUUUCCCACCUGAUCCACCUUGCCGCCGGCCAAAGCCAUGUCUAAUAAUUAAAAAAAAAAAAAAAGGUUUGCUUUAGCGACCUCUUCAGGGCAAGGACCUAAGUUGUAGUAAGUGGAGGAACUUCACUUGGUGCGGCAUCUGCAAGGCAUGACAAACAUUUGUGGAGAGUCAACAAAGUCAAACAAACAACGUAAACAAUCAAUAGAAAUGGCUCCCCUGCUGUAAAUAAUGUGAAUGUAAAUAUGUUCCAUCUGUAAAUGUGCAAUAAAGACUUUCUAAUUCCUA